AUUGCCUCACAUUAUUCCGUGGUCGAGGAAAAUAGCACACGGUGUAUUCAAGACUACAAAAGGAGGUCGCUUCAACAAGAAAGGAGUUUCGCUUACAGCUUCUAAUAGUCUAAGACGAAUUGCUACCUCGAUCAAGAACAUAUUAUUUGGUAGACGAUUAUUUACUUUGACGAAGGCUUUCACGGAAAAAAAAACGAUGAAACAGGUGUGGAGUGGUGGUGUAUUGUUCCUACUGCUCGUGGUACUGGCCCGCGGUCAGUUGGACGAAGAGAAACAAGGAUGCGCUUGGGAUGUGGACACCGACCCCGACCAAGGUCUUGACCCAAAAUCCCUUGAAGCUGGAGCCAGACAUUUGGCUCACCUGCCGGAGAUGGACUGCAAGGGGUGUCAGGAUGCUUGCUGCGGCGACCAGGACUGCCAGCUCGCUUUGAUUGGAACCCCAGCUGAUGGAACUUCGGAGUGUUUUCUCGUCAGCUGCAUGAAAGAUGGAAAGGACGUCUGCGUUUUACAGUCCGAUUCACAGUUCAAAGUCUACCGCAAAAAGACGCAGCCCAAGACUAAAAAAGUCGAAGUUGACUCUCUUAGUGAAGCUGGUGUCCCCAGGGAAGUCAACGUGACAGAUAAGUGCCGCAUGCCCAUGGUAGUGGGCUCCUGCCGCGCUGCCUUCCCCAAAUACUACUAUGACGUAACCAACCAGACCUGCAAGCUGUUCAUCUAUGGCGGCUGCGACGGCAACGGAAACAACUUUCACACUCAGGAGGAGUGUGAGGGGGCUUGUAGUGGGGUGACAGGUACUGUGCUGUUGUCCAAGGCUUCCCCCAUGCAGAGAAGAAUGGCUAUGACUGCCGACGAUCAAGCUGCCAGUCCUGAGGAUCCUGCCAGUUCUAACGAUCUCCUUCCCAAGAUGACAUCAGAUGACUUUAUCGAGAUGUGCCAGGCCAGUCCAGAAACAGGGCCAUGCCGCGCCUCCCAUCGCCACUACUACUUCGACAGCUCCACCGGCACCUGCCUGCCCUUCAUCUACGGAGGCUGCCUUGGCAACAAGAACAACUACGAUACUGCCGAGAGGUGCCUCGCCACCUGCACAGUGACCGUCAUCCCUGGCUCUAAGGGAAGGAAAGGAUCUGAUAUAGACAAACCUACAGAUGACAAGAGCAUUGAACAUAAAGAUGCUUGCAUGGUGCCCUCAGACGCAGGCCCUUGCCGCGCUGCCUUCAGUAUGUACUACUUUGACCGUAGCACUAGCUCCUGCAAGUCUUUCAUCUACGGUGGCUGCCAGGGAAAUGAUAACCGCUACGGCACACUGGACGAAUGCAUGGCCCGGUGCACUGGAGUGGACGGCGAACAAGGGCAACACAAUGGCCAUAACCGCAUGACACCAGGGUUCUUCCUGGUGGCUUCGCUGGUUGUGAUUUCAGCCCUGAUCCUGGUGGGUCUGAUCCUCUUCACCUUCCGGUGCUCCAGGCUGCAGCGUGGCCACCGCCGCCUCAGUGACAAGGAAGACCUGCUGCCCUACGAGGAGCUGUUUGAGGAGCAGCUGCCCGAGGAAGCGCUCCCCAAAGUGGGCACCGCACCAUAAGGAGGGAGCCCCCCCUGCUCCUGUGUAGCUCCAUGGAGCCACAGUCACCUUACGUCACUUUCCAUUCCAAAUAUCACUGACACGGAAUGCCUGCAUCUGCUGGUUGUCAAGGGAUGUAUUCAUAUACGAUGGGAAGUUGUUCAUUUGUUAAUUGUGUUUUUUUGUCCAAAUAGCCACUAUACUAAUUACGUAGAUUAAAAUGAUAGGUAAAUUGCUAAUACAUGCACACCUGAGAGGUGUUUAGGCCAGGUUUUGGUGAGUGAUUUAGACUGUGCUUGACUUUUUCAGAUCAUAGGGAAUUUCUGCUGCUGUCAUUACUUUUGUUUAUUUAAAAGGCUGAAACUUUGACGGGCAGUCUCCCAGACACAGAUUAAGCCUAAUCUUGGAGAAAAACUCAAAGGAGAAUCUCCAUUAAAAUGUUUUUUAGUCCAGGAUUAGGCACAUCAAUGUGUCCGGGAAACCUCCCCUGAAUGGGGUUUUAAAACACUUUUGUAAACUUCGCUUUAGUUAAUGAACGAACUACUAUACUAUGUGCACUGUUAACUGUGAGAUGUUAUUUUGUACACCUAUAUUCAGUGGCAGGAUUGCCUUUUAAAACAAAAUAUAAUGAAGUCAAUUUAAUGAAUGAAUAAAAUAUUUAAUGUAACAUUUUACUUACAAUUUAAGAGGGGAGCACAUCAUUUAAAUCUUAAACAUGAUAAACAUGACAUGGAUGACACAACUGUUAUUUUCAUGAUUACACUAAUACCAAACACUAUCCUGUUCUACCUGUAACUCAGCAGUGAGAUGGAUGACGUCAACACUGCAUCCUCUUUAUUAACUACUGAAUGUGUUUAAUAAAUAAAAUAUACUGGUACUUUUUGA